AUGUUUGUGACCCCUCCCUCCCCGAGGGGCUCGUUCAGCGUCCCUGUUAACAUCAACUUGCAGGCUCGGAGACGGCAGACGCGUGCUGCAGUGUAUCACAGCCCGAUUCAGGAGGGCCACAGGAGGCAUGCCAGCAGUGGGCACUGCAGUGAGAGGGCCAAGCCCCAGGCCCUGCUGUCCAGCGUGGGGGACGAAAAGGCUGUCCUUCUGGGCUUCACCAUGAUGACCUUCUCCAUCCUCAUGUACUUUGUUGUGGGGAUUGCCAUGGUGAAACCACAUCUCCAGAGUGACUGGGGGGAGGAAGCCAACUGUUCCCUGGUCCAGGCAGAGAUUCUGGAUGAGUGGGCGGACUGCAGAGGGCUGAGCAGGUUCCCCUGUGUGCAAGUCUUCGUCAACAUCUCCUCUUCCGGAAGAAAGGCUCGCCUGCACCAUGAUGAAGGAACCAUUGACCUGAACCUGGAGUGUUUCUACAUGCCCAAAUGCCAGCGUAAUGAGUCAGAUCUGCUGCAGGAGGCCAGAAAGAUCAAACAGUUUCUGGACGAGCGGCACAACGAAUCCCUGCAGUGUCGCUUCGGCGCAGAGCGCUACCCGGAGGAUGCCAUAUUGUACAGGAAGUACACCAGGUGGCUGGCGCUGUGGUACCUGCUGUGGCCCAGCCUCAUGCUGGGUGGAGGGGUGCUGCUGGUGGGCCUGGUGAAGCUCAACCAGAGGCUGGCUCACCUUUGUGCUGAGCUGGACGGCGAGGAGGCCAGGGCGGCCCAGACAGCCUCCAUCAAUGGGAAGUUGUACCAGCUGCUGAGCUGGAGGCUGGGGGGCAGCAGCUCCUUGCCACAGGAGCCCACAAGCUGA